GCCGCAGCAGCAGUCACAUGACCGAGUCUUUGGCUGGCUACUUCCUGUACCACGGCUAUUAUUCUCUGCGGGAGACAAAUAACGGAUCUGUAGCGCUUAUCCCUGCGACUGUUAAUCCAGAUACCUGACAGUCAGGACUGAACGGGGAAAAAAAACGGGGAAGACAACCGUUAACCUGUCCGUGCAUCGUGUUCACCUGCUAUCUAACGGGAGAUGCCCACCGGAGGGGCGGGUAGCUAGUUGACAGGAUAACACGACUACCCCGCCCGCCCUUUACAUUUAGAAAAAUACGCAGCGCUUCAUCUGCUGGAACAGAGACAGCUGCUCGUUUUUUUGUUCCUCUCCGUGACUCACGUUAGCAUUAGCAGCAAGUGGUGGCUAGUUGACGUUAGCUCUCUUUCCCCCAAAACAACCCGCCAUCGACAUGUCAAAAUACACAAGCUUCGCCGAGCCGACGGGGACGGACGACCACAACCCUUUCCAAGUGGGUGAAAUGAAAUAUGAAUCUAACAUCAGCCUGUGUCCGUGCAGCCCGUCACGGCGUGUUUGAUGGAAGUCAUCGAUGUAGCCAACAUCUGUGUAAUAGCGGGCGUGUUGUUGCUCAUGUGACGUGUGUGGCUUUUUUCUUUUUUCUGGGCCUUCCUGCCCUCCUUAAUCUUUGCCCACUUGUGGCUCUUCUUCACGAUGAAUACAUCAGUAGCAGCCACUCGGGACCCUGCAGUGACUCAACACAGCAGCAACACAGGAUAUGCAACACUGGACCUGUACAACCCUUUUGAUAAUACUACUGGACCUCCUCCUCCGUAUGAAGCCACCUCUCCCUCUGCUCCAUCUGUGCCUGCACAGACCCCACCCAGUAGAACAACACCCACUGAGCCUCGCAACUAUGGCUCCUAUACCUCGCAGACUGCGGUGAAUGCUACCACAGCAGAUCUCUUGAGGAAGCAGGAGGAGCUGGAGAAGAAAGCCCAGGAGCUGGAGAGAAGAGAGAGGGAGCUCGAGUUACACAGCCUGGGACCUGGAGCCUCCCGUCAGAAUAACUGGCCCCCGUUGCCUUCAUUCUGCCCCGUGGGCCCCUGCUUCUACCAGGACAUCAAUGUGGAGAUCACGCAGCACUUCCAGCGCACCGUCACCUUCAUGUACUACUUCUGGAUGUUCUGCACUUGUGCGCUGCUCCUCAACCUCGUCUCCUCCCUGGCCAUGUUCUGCGUGGACAAAUCGGGUGGUGUUGGCCUGGGCCUGGCCAUCCUGUGGGCCCUCCUCUUCACCCCCUGCUCCUUCCUCUGCUGGUACCGUCCUGUGUACAAAGCCUUCAGGAGUGACAGCUCCUUCAAUUUCUUUGUCUUCUUCUUCGUUUUCUCUGCCCAAGUGGUCGUCUCGGUCAUCAUGACUAUUGGUAUCCCUGGAUGGGGUUUCAGCGGGUGGAUCGUGAGCCUGGCUGCUCUGACAACCAGCGUCCCCGUUGGUGCGAUCAUGAUGAUGAACGCCGUCCUCUUUACUGCCCAAGCCGCCAUGGGGUUCGUCAUGCUGAAGAAGGUCCACAGCCUGUACAGGCAGACCGAUGCCAGCUUUCAGAAGGCCCAGGCCGAGUUCGCCACCGGAGUCAUGUCCAAUCAGGCCGUACGCCAGGCCGCCACCACCGCAGCCACCACCGCAGCCACCAGCGCUGCCCAGGGGGCAUUCACCGCGCCUCGGUAGAGUGGGACGAGAGGGGAUGGGGAGGGUAAGAUGUGAAGGAGAGCCCAUUCCUCUUGAUACAGGAUCUGUUUGGUAUUUAUUUCCCCACAGGUUAUUAGAAUUUGAUUGGGGUGGGGUGGGGGGGGGGGAUGUGUCUGUAUAGUAACCCCUUGAGCAACUGAACAUCAGGCCAUGUGCAUGAGACAAAGGUGGGGUUUUGUAAUUUCUAUCCAUGUACAGGACAAGUUGGCUACAUUGCCAAACCGGGAGUCAACAAAAUCCUAAAUGUUGAUUCAGGAAACAGAAAGAUGGUGUGAAAACAAUAACAUGCUGACGCUGUAUGAAAUUUAGCGCACUCGUUACUGGUAUCAGUGAAUGCAGGGAAAAUGCUACUUUUUUUUUUUUUUUUUUUUUUUUUUUUUUUUAAAUAACAAGACGAGCUGUGUGCCAAGUAGGAAAGUUCUGGUCCGGAUAGUUCCCAUUUUUAAAUGACCUGGAUGUGUUUACAAAGAGCCAGUGCUUGAGUUGGAGCUGAACACUGAAAAUGUUGCCAUUCUAACAUUCGAUCCAUAACUGAGUGGCUCAAUGCUAAUAUUUUUGUUGCUUUACUGCAAACUAACACGUUUUGUUAUUAUCAUUCCAAAUGAGAGUGGCUUGUUACCUAUUUGCCAAAACCUCUCAUACUGUAAAGAUUAUGUGUUUCUGUUACAAUAUAUCUGUCACUGUUCUGUUGGUGCUGCUUGUGGUUCUUAUGAUUAUUACACGUCACUGUCUUGGUUUUAAUAAAAAAUAUAUUGUCAUGCGUACACGGUUAUUAUUGCUGUAGCUCAUUGUCAAGUUAAGUAACAGGAUAUGUAUUUUGAUGUUGUUUUUCAUGUUUAAAUGAGUCAAACCUCAGCAAGUUCAGUAUCCUGUAAUGUCGUUAAAUUGCAUUUUAUAACUUGGAUUGUGCUGCUCGAAACCAAGUUUGUGUUUUUAAAAAAAAAAAAAAAAAAAAAAAAAGAGGAUCCUACUUGAACGUUUUUUAUUUUCUGGCGACACCAGGAAACUGCAUCCGUGGUCCAACUUGUUGCUUUUUGAGCUCUUGGCUUCUUUUAGCAACUUGAUCUUUGAAGCGGUGACCGAAGCAAAUCUGAUCAUGAAGAUGCGGGUUAAUGUAUUUUUUAUUUUAUUUUUUACCCUGUAUAAACUUUAUUUAUUAAAAAUGACAUUGUGAGGAG